AUGGGAGCAAAUGGAUCAUACGCACCUGCAACAAACGGUCAAAGCAACGGUAAUAAAAUCACAGAUCACAUCACACUCUCUGUGAGAGGGAGUAGGAAAACAGGAAAAACAGCUUUAAUUACUAAAAUUCAAGCUAAAAAGCUUUAUCCUGAUUAUUCGCAAACUCCUGUUAUGACCGCUACAGAUGUUAUGUGGAAUCCUGUUACCUGCGAAGGAGAAACUAUACAAAUUACUAUUUGGGACGUCGUUGAUAAAGCCAUUCGUUACCUCGACGUUUCUCAAGACCAAGAACUACCAGAUGCAACUACAGUUGAUACUUAUUCGAGAGCCGAUGGAAUUGUUAUACUUUACAAUCCUAAAAAUCCGCAAUCAAUAAAAUAUGCAGUCACUGUUAUCAAUGAAGCUCCUCCUGAAACACCAAUGAUUAUAUGCUGCAAUUUUGCAGAUGAACACCUCAAAAGCAUUGGAAUACCAAAAGAAUUAGCAGAAUUAUCUGAUCGUUUCCAACAUGUUCAUACAAGCAUGACUACAAAUCAAGGACUUGGUGUUGUUGCCAAGUGGCUUGAUUUGCCUCUUCUUUAUCACAGAAAGAAAACAUACGAAGAUAUGUUAAAGCAUAUUCAACAAGAUUUCUCAGCUCUUGACACAGAUUUAAAGAACAACCUUCAGAAAGAAAAUUUCAUCGCCGAAGAAGAGACUCAACAUAGAAAAUAUACAGUUCCGGAAAGUUCGAUUAUUCCACCAGAAAAACAAGCAGAACUGAAGCACCCUAGUAAGCCAAUGUUGUUUGAGAAUCCAGGAAGUUAA